AUGUUAGACAACGCCUUCGGCACGGAACACAUGGAGAACGAGCUGACGGUCGCGUGGCGACAGAACCUGAAUUCCAAGGUGCACGUGUUGCACGUGACCAAACUGAGCGAGGUCAGCGGGGAGGAGCGCAAGCUGGAGAACACGCUGGACGUGGAGAUCACGCCCCUCAACAUCAACUACGAGCUGCGCGCGAACGCAGACCACUUCGCGCGCUUUCUGCGCUUCUCGCCGGGCUUCAUGAAGCACCUUCACCAGCCGUUUCUGGCGUGCCCUUCCUUCGUCUUGCUGCACUCCCGCUGGAAGCUGAUGUGCGUGCACAGCGCGCGCGGGCUCCACCUCACGAUGGACGCCACGCUGAAGACGGCGUCUCGAGACAUGCAAUACAAGGACGUGUUGCGCGAGGAGAAGAACGGCGAAUAUAAGGGCCAGACGUCGCUGCAGUGGCAGAAGGGCCAGAAGGCGGACCUCGAGUACGACUACAGGAUCAAGAGCAAUGACCGCCAGUUCCACCACGAGUUCGACGCCAAAGUGCGCGAAAACGGCCGCGAGUACAGACACGGCGGUCUUCUGCGGCUCUCGAGGAAUGACUUGGAGUUGAAGUCGAAGUUUCACCGCGACUCAGGCAUAAGCCGCGGCGUCUGCCGCGAAGACCUGUACCAUUACCCGAAACACGCCAUCAAUCACGUGACGAACGUCGAGUUUGUUCCGAAACUGUCGUUUGCGCUCAAGUCGGAGACGAAGGGCGCGAAUGGAAACAUCUUUUCCCUGGAUUCGCACGUCUCGCGCACCACUCCGUCGCGAGUCGUCAUAACUUCGGCGCCGUUUGACGGAAGACUGGAUUUGGAUCUGAUUUCGGAUAAGAGAAACGCAAUUCUGGACGUGAAGAGCGCGCGAAACGAUUGGAAACACAAUUCGGUUCUGAAUUUCGAACCGAAAACUCGAAUCGAAUUCAAGUCGAAAACCGAAAUGAAAGGAAAACCCAUUCUUUCGUUCGAUUCGGAACUGAAUCGCAACAAAAAGUCGUUCCUUUCGCUCGACUUUCCGCUCAAGAAGUCCUCAAUUGUGAUGAAUACGGAUGUCGUGAACGGCGGCCGAAGAAACGGCGAUUUGGAAGUGAUUUUCGGCGAUUUGAAGCACAAAUCGGAAUUCGAUUUCUCGCCAAAAGCGCUGAGAAUUCAGUCGAAAUCCGAUUUGAAUCGCGAACCGAUCCAAGCGUUCGAUUAUCGAUACAAUCGAGACAUCGGUUUGCAUUCAAUGGAAUCCAAGUUCGGAAACGAAUAUCAAUUCGAUUUCGAAGGAAAGCACUCUUCGAACGAACCCUUCAUUCGAUUGUCGGGAAAAGCGCCGAAAUUCGACACCAAUUCCAAACUCAUGUGGAAUUCGAACCAAAUGACAAUCGAAUCGAAGAACAAAAGAAACGGAAAUUCAGUCUUCGAUUUGAACGCCAUUUUGAACCGCGAUCUCAACAAUGAGUCCACCGUUCGUCUCGUGAGUCCACUCUUCACCUCUCAGAUGAGCGCAACGCCGGCGAAGAGCGCGAAAUUCGAGUACAACUGCCACCACUUGGAUCACGUGACUGCCGGCCAAUGGGGUGGCAGUGAAUUGGGUUUGGACUCCAAGACUCUGUUGAAGCGAACCAACGAUCACGUGAUUGUCAUCGCAAAACACGCCCCCCUCAGGGAGACCCUGUUCCAGGUGAAGACCACGCCCUUCGAGGUGAACGCCCACUACUCGCCCACCACUCCCAAAGUGCGCCUCCAAUUGGACGGUUCGCCCGACUUCUACUACCCGUACAGUCACGUGACCGAACUGGAGGCCAAUCCGCGCCAACGACAGUACUCUGUGGUGUCGCGCACUGACCGCUUGACCGCUGGUCAGCAGAAGCAGCCGCUGAUGGCGUUGAACGCGCGGUACAACCAUUUGGACGCUUCGAUUCCGUCUUCGAUGGACUUGAAGUUCGGACCGGAAGUGAACGCGAAGUUGAAGAUCCAGCCGUUCGGCGGAAGACAGCGGAUGUUGCAGUUCGAGUCGAAGCACCCGAAGUACAGUCACGUGACGGACAUCCAGAUGGACGACAAGGCGCUGAACAUAAAGUCGCGAACGGAAGACAAUUCGGGACGAAAUGUGGCGAAAAUCGACUCAUAUUUGACUCCAAUUUCCGACCAAAAAUCUCACUUUUCGUUCGUUUCUCCGAAUUCUUUGGCGAACUUUGAGUUCGAACCGAAAAGAAGAGCGAAUUUCGAGUUAAAUGUUGUGCCGUUCGAACACAAGACAGAAAUUACGUCCAAAAAGACGUCGAAUGGACUGAAAGUGAUCUCAAAGACGACGAAAGACCGAAAGAACAUUUUGGACAUCAAUUCAGAGCUGAAUUUGGACUCGAAUUCGGAAUCGCAUUUCGAAAUCAAUUCCCCAAUCAUUGAAUCCAAACUAUCGGCAAAUCCUUCGCAAAAAUCGGCGAAAAUUCAGUUAAAAACUCGCGAUUUUGAACACAAAUCGCAAUUCAAAGUGAAUUCCGACGAAAAAGAAGUGAAUUUCGAGUCGAAAACCGAUUUCGAGAACCAAUUGUUGGCCAAUAUUAUCGCGAGAAUCGACGCCAAACGCCAUUCACACGCCGUGGAGGUCGAGAUCCCGAGAUUCGCGAUGAAGUCGGGCUUCGAUUUGGGCCGCAAGUCGGCGGACAUUGACUUCCGGUCGAAACUGCGGAACGGAAGACACAUUCUGGCCUCAAUCGCCGCGAACGACAAGAACGGCUUCCACGCGGACUUCUCGUGGGACAAAGAGAAGGAUCCGAACCAGAGAUUAGUUCUGGACGUCGAGUCCCGCCGAGAGGGCGACUCGUGGGCGAAGAAGGUGUUCGUGUCCGCCGUGUCGGCCGCCUAUGCGGGAAACGAGUUGCGAUUGGAGUCAAGGAUGGCGGAGAACGCGUUGAUCGCCGGUCCGCACGACUGGACACUGAGUUAUCGGCCGAAAUACAAUCCGCAGAGAGAUUCGAUGAAACUGCAGAUGAAACACGUGAUCACCGGUCAAGAGAUGCAAUGCAACGCCCUCUACAGUGAGGGACAGGCGCUGAAGUUCGCGGCGAAACUGAACGCCAAGUCGGCGGAGAACGCGGCCAGCGGUCAGAGGGAGACAGUGGUCUCCAUGGAAACGACGGCUCCGAAGAAUCCCGACCUCGAAGUGAAGAUCUCGUUCAGCGAAAGACAUUCUUCGCUUCGGCGCAGAAACGCAGAGAUUUUCGCCGAACUGAAAGCCAUCCGCACGUCGAUUGGUCAGCAGUUCGUGGCUUCCGGUCACGUGAGACGCGACCCGACCAAUGAGCGCAAAGUGUUGGCGGCGUUCGUCGUCGAGACGCCAUCUAUCGGCGAACAGACGCUGAAUAUCGCGGUGAAUGUGGACGAGAAGGAGAUGACGGCGAACGCGAUGUCGCGCAACGGACGACCAAUGAGCGCAAAGUGUUGGCGGCGUUCGUCGUCGAGACGCCAUCUAUCGGCGAACAGACGCUGA